UAAACCAAACCAAACACCCCUAAACUUCCACUUAACACGUGGACUUUGACCAAACCACACAUCCAAACUUCGCGACAUUUCCCCGUGUUUCCCUUCACCCUCUUCCGUCACAACCCCGAUCACACACACACACACAGAGCUUCUAUAUCCAACAAUGAGUCAUCAAUGGCGGAUUUCACCUCUCAUCAUCUUCUUCACCUUCUUCUCCGCGCCUCUAACCUCCAUAUCCACCUCAUCCACUUCUGAUCUCUUCCACCAAUGGUGUCACCACCACAACAAAACCUAUUCCACACACGAAGAAUACCUCUACAGGCUCACUAUCUUCCAGGACAACUACGAUUACAUUCUUCGUCACAACGCUGAUUCAAAUUCUUCGUAUACACUUUCUCUCAAUGCGUUUGCCGAUCUCACUCACCACGAGUUCAAACUCGCUCGCUUGCGAGGACUCUCCGCGUCUGCUUCUUCCGGUGAUCUCAUCAGGCUUAAUCAAGGUAGUUCGGUGGUUCAAUCCUCUGCAAAUCUGCCUAAAUCGUUGGAUUGGAGAGCGAAAGGAGCGGUUACUAAGGUUAAAGAUCAAGGAAGUUGCGGUGCAUGCUGGGCAUUCUCAGCCACAGGGGCAAUGGAGGGGAUUAAUCAAAUAGUAACCGGAUCUCUUAUCAGCCUUUCUGAACAGGAGUUGGUUGAUUGUGAUAGAACUUUCAACAGUGGCUGUGACGGUGGACUUAUGGAUUACGCCUAUGAAUUCGUGAUAAAGAACAAGGGGAUUGAUACAGAAGAGGAUUACCCGUAUAAAGGCAAAGCAUCUACUUGCAAUAAAAACAAACUGAAAACACACGUUGUCACCAUUGAUGGUUACAAUGAUGUUCCUGAAAAUAAAGAAGAUCAACUGCUUCAAGCUGUUGCAACUCAACCUGUGAGUGUAGGGAUAUGUGGCAGUGAGAGAGCUUUUCAAUUGUAUUCAACGGGGAUAUUCACUGGGCCUUGUUCGACCGCUUUAGAUCAUGCGGUGCUGAUAGUUGGAUACGAUUCCAAAGACGGGGUUGACUACUGGAUUAUAAAGAACUCAUGGGGAACAUCAUGGGGAAUGGAUGGUUAUAUGUAUAUGGCGCGUAACAUAGGGGAUUCAAAUGGGUUAUGCGGGAUUAACAUGCUAGCUUCUUAUCCAAUAAAGACCAGCCCUAAUCCACCGCCAUCACCUACUCCAAAACCAGUCAAAUGUAAUUUAUUUUCGUGGUGUGGCGAAGGUGAAACCUGUUGUUGUGCUACGAAAAUUCUUGGGAUAUGCUUGAAAUAUAUGUGUUGUGAGUUGAACGCGUCUGUAUGCUGUAAGGACCAGCGUCACUGUUGCCCAUCUGAUUAUCCUAUUUGUGAUUCUCAACGGAACUUGUGCCUCAAGCAAACAGGCAACGGUACUCUAGCCAUACAGCCGAAGAAAAACAGCAGUUUUGGGAGAUCAGGUGGCCAGAGUCGCCUCUCUCAACAAUACUUUUGAAGGUGAUAUAUUACUUCACUCGGAAGCAUAUUGAUAAACCAUUGGCAGCUAUUUAACUACAUAUUUAUAAAACAUAUGAUGAGUUUAGCUCAGAAUCAUUCUGGUUUUUUGUAGAAUCCAGUUUAUAAAAUUUGCAUGGAUGGUAUUUUGUUUUUGUGGUAAAUUAAGAACUGUAAGAACCGCAUAAACGUGAAAUGAUUGUAGAUAA